AUGUCUGCUGCUCGAGUGCAGCCUGCUUCUAUGGACUCGUCCAAGAAUCCGCCAACGAGCUUCGAUGUUACAGGCGAGAAGACGCUGGAGAAGGAAGCGUAUGAGGUGUAUUCCUUGCCUGUCAAAGAUGGGGAUGAAGACGAAAUCAAGGAAACAGACUAUACCUCCGAUGAUUACCAAACCCUUCUGAAGAAGAUAGAUAGAUAUCUUCUACCCCUCAUGUGGGUUUGUUACGGAAUCCAGCAGACGGACAAGACUUCUCUCGGCACGCAAGCGCUCUUUGGCUUGCGAGAAGAUACCCAUCUGAAAGGACAAGAGUAUCAAUGGUUGACAACGAUCUUCUACAUCUCCUACUUGUGCGGAGAGUUUCCCUCGAACUUUCUCCUGCAGAGGUGGGCUUUGGGUCGUACCCUGUCCAUCUACAUGCUGUGCUGGGGCAUCUGCGUGACAUGCAUCGCUGCAGCCCAGAACUGGGGGCAGCUCAUGGCACUACGAGCGCUUCAGGGUCUGUUCGAAUGCACCAUCUCCCCCGGCUUCAUUCUCAUCGUCAGCACAUGGUAUCGCACGGAGGAGCACUCGGCCCGAGCCUUGUUCUGGCAAUCAGCCAACGCUGGCUUUGCAAUCGUCGCGACACUGAUAGAAUACGGCAUCGGCUCGCACGCACAGAAACACGGGGGCAUCGAGCCUUGGCGUGCCAUCUCUCUGUUUUUGGGAUGUUCGACUAUAGUAUGCGCUUUGGUGUGCUUCGCGAUACUGGGGAGUCCUAAGGAAGUGCGGUGGCUGAAUAAAGAGGAGAAACGAAUGGCUGCCGCGCGGAUCGUGAAGAAUAAAUCUGGGCGCGACGUGACAGGGACCAAGUGGAACUGGGCGCAGGUGUACGAAGCGUUCCUGGAUCCCCAAUUCUACUUUUGCGUGAUCAACGCGUUCUUGUCGUCCGUGCCCAAUGGCGCCUUGACCACGUUCGGGAGCCUUAUGUAUGCCUCGUUCGGUUUCACCGAGCUCCAGGUACUACUGGUCGACAUCCCACGUAAUGUGGUCAGCCUUAUCAUAUUUUUGGCGGUUGGGAUAUACACACGACGGGUGAAGAAUCGGCGUCUCUGGAUCAUGACCGCCGCUACGCUGCCGCCCUUCGCCGGACUGAUGGGAUUAGCCUUUCUCCCCAACACGGCAGAGUUCAGAUGGACGAAAUGGGGAAUGUAUAUGAUGACCGUACCCUUUGUGUUGGCUUUGUUCCUCGCGUGGACGCUAAUCUCUUCGAACGUCGCCGGACGAACAAAGAAGACGAUCAUCUCCUCGGGUACCUUCCUCGGGUACUGCAUCGGCAACAUGUGCGGCUCCCAGAUCUUCAAGACCAAGGAUGCUCCGCGUUACAUUCCGGGCACCAUCGGAUGCGCCAUUUGCCUCGGGGCCGAGUUUCUUCUACUGCUCGCGUGGAGGAUCUACUAUACGUGGCAGAAUCGGAGGCGAGACCGUCGCGCGCUCCAGUCUGGUCUUUCGAGGGAGGAGCAAGAGGCACUCGGAAGACAGAUGGGCGAGAAGGACAUUACAGAUAUUAAUAAUCCUCAUUUCAGCGACUGGCUCUGGUACACUGACGGUACAUCAGCCUGCCUACGGAUGGCAUGGGAUCCGGUCUACCGUCUGACCGAGGAAGAGAGAGAGAAGGCGGAUGCGGCAUCGUCCUCGUCCGCCAUCCUGCUCGGCACGUGA